AUGCUCAUAUAUGUAUGUGGCCACGUCACUUUGGCUCUCUUUGUUUCUCUCUUUUGUGCCGACAUUCUACGUACAUAUAGGCGGCACAACACCAAAAAGUUUUAACUCGUUGGCAAAACAAGUGAAAAUUAAACAAAUUGUGUGGUUUGGUAAAGGUGGCGUCGCGAAAACCGUGCAACUACAAGAAAGAACAGUCCACACUAAAAACGAAGAAAAAAAAAAAGAACUGACGAAUCACUCAGAAUGAAUAUUUUUCGGUUUGCUGGAGAUUUAUCGCAUGUAUUUGCUAUAAUAAUACUAUUGCUUAAAAUAUGGAAGACACGAUCAUGCGCCGGCAUCUCUGGCAAAUCUCAAAUAUUAUUCGCUAUCGUCUAUCUGACACGCUACUUGGAUCUAUUCACUACAUACGUCAGCCUCUACAAUUCGGUAAUGAAGGUGCUCUUCCUGGCCACAUCGGGCGCAACGGUCUAUCUGAUGUACGUGAAAUUUAAGGCCACCUACGAUCACAAUCAUGAUUCGUUCCGCAUUGAAUUUCUGCUAAUACCAUGUGCUCUGCUAUCUUUGGUAAUUAAUCACGAGUUUACAUUGAUGGAGGUGCUCUGGACAUUCUCAAUUUAUUUGGAAUCGGUUGCCAUAUUGCCGCAACUGUUCCUGGUUAGCAAGACCGGAGAGGCCGAAUCGAUUACAAGCCAUUAUUUGUUUGCCCUGGGCUCGUACCGUGCCCUGUAUCUGCUCAAUUGGGUUUAUCGCUACAUGGUGGAGUCGCAUUAUGAUCUUAUUGCGAUCUUUGCGGGCAUCGUCCAAACCAUACUUUACUGCGAUUUCUUUUAUCUAUAUAUUACCAAAGUGCUCAAAGGCAAAAAGCUACAGCUGCCAGCAUAAGCAACAGCAGCAGCCGCAGCAGCUAAUAAUUCCAUUCGUGUGUGUGUGCGGUGCCGUCACAACAGAGCCGGAGGAGGAUGAGGCAAAGGAUUUGGAGAGAGGAACAGCAAUAUUGAAGAUGCGGACCGUGUUAUAAGUAGAUCUUUGUCGUAUAACAGAAACAAAAAAUGAUAUUGUAUAUCGAAAGGGAACAUAUUUUUUUGUGUUGCAUUAGUUUAAAAAAGUAUAAGAAAUUCGAAAUGUGGCACCAAUUAAUUUAUGCAUAUACCAACUCAAUGCAAAUUAUUAAAGUAUACAAAUAAUGUACAAAUUCUAUUCAUUAUGAUUUCCAUCUGCAUACAAAACAAUUCAGCUAUCGUAAUUUGCUUAUCAAUGUAUGAACGAGCAUCUUUACAUAAGCAUGUAUGUAGCGCACUUGUGUGUAUCUUAUCUUACCUCGUCUAUUCCCACAACCAAAAUCAAAAUAAUUACUAAUUAUAAUUUAAUUUUAAAAUAAUAAAUCAACCAGUUCUAUCAACGUUUCUGGUCAACUUCGAUACGAU